CAAAUUUCAACUCGACUUUUACCGACGUGCAGAUUUUUGGCGCGCGCGGUCAAAUGGUAUUGGGCCGGAGUGGAGUUAUCGCCACUUUCGAUGGAAGUGGUUAAUAAAUCAGUGGUUCGCAAUACCAGGAUCGCGAAACGGGCUCGACAGAUUGAUUUU